GCAGUCCGCAUUUCCAUUUUUAUCUUCUCCACUUUCCAAUGGGCACUCUUGGUUCGACCACCACUCUCUCUCCGUACUUCUCCUCCAAGCUCUCCUUUUCCUCUUCGUUUCACCGGCUCCGCUUCAGCACCUCCAGAUCGUUCCUCUCUAUCUUCAGAAACCCUAGCUUUCGUGCGAAACGCAGUGUUUCAACAGACACUCGUCUUCAAGUCAGCGCGUCGUCCACGCUUGGUGCACCAAACGAAGAAAUGGAGACUUCUUCUUUUGGUUUGGUUGGAGAGAAUGACCUUCUGAUUGUUGGACCUGGUGUUCUUGGGCGCUUGGUAGCGGAAAAAUGGCGGGAGGAACAUCCAGGAUGUCAAAUUCAUGGUCAAACUAUGACUACAGAUCAUCAUGAUGAAUUGGUUAAAAUGGGGAUAAAUCCAUCUUUGAAGGGAGUGAAAACAACUCAUCAGUUUCCAUAUGUCAUUUUCUGUGCUCCACCCUCCCGCACCUCAGACUACCCUGGGGAUGUUAGGUUGGCUGCAUCAAACUGGAGUGGUGAAGGUUCUUUCCUAUUCACAUCUAGUUCUGCACCAUUUGAUUGCAAUGACAAUGGAUCAUGUGAUGAGGAUGGUCCUGUAGUGCCAAUUGGGAGGAGUCCUAGAACAGAUGUCCUUCUAAAUGCAGAAAAAGUAGUACUGGAGUUUGGUGGAUGUGUUCUUAGAUUGGCAGGACUUUACAAAGCAGAUAGAGGUGCACAUGUUUAUUGGUUGGAGAAAGGGACUGUUGAAGCCCGCCCUGAUCACAUCCUCAAUCUUAUACACUAUGAGGAUGCAGCUUCUCUAGCAGUUGCAAUUUUGAAGAAGAAACGGCAUGGUCAGAUUUUCUUGGGUUGUGAUAAUCAUCCCGUAUCCAGGCAGGAAUUAAUGGACUUGGUUAAUAAAAGCGGGAAAUUCAGUAAAAAGUUUGAGGCUUUUACAGGAACUAGUGAUCCUUUGGGUAAGAGAUUAAACAACUCAAAAACUCGUGAGGAAAUAGGAUGGCAGCCUAAAUAUCCAAGCUUCUCGCAGUUCCUUGAGAGUAUCUGAGUAACUGCUGCUUCUAUUUUGUCUUUGGAUUUAAUCCAAGUACGGUGCAAAAAGCACAUGGGUUGCUUGAAGAUGGAGUUGCUGACCUUUCUUUUCUUGGCUUACACGGCAAAAUCCUGCUGCAGCUAAAAAUGUGUCAAUAGUCAACAUGUAAAUGUGAUCACUAGUUACCUUGUGAAAAAAUAUCGUUUGGCACACAUAUAAUUGUCCCAUGGACAUUUGCUUGAGUUCAUAAUUCUUACCUUGUCUAGGAUACGCUUUACACCC